AUGGAAGACGACGCCAAAAAAACGAUUACGACGAUACGAAGCCGACAUCAGCCACCAGCCUGCGAAGAAAAAGGUGUGUACGGUGUGGCAUCCCGCGUACACAAUUACGCACAGGGCGUGAGCGCGCGGACGGACGAAUCCCGUCCGACUGGAGACGGCGAACCCAAAGGAGAUAAGCCCCAGGGCCCCCCCCAGAGGAACCGACGGAGAAGACAACCUCCCGCAAUUGCCCUGCCAGAAAUCCGCUGGACGGGCGACAGAACUGUUCCCUCGGGGCCCGAACGUGGAGACACGUGGUGCGCAUAG